CUUGGCCUAUUCUUGAACGAGCGCGGGCUGGCCUUAGAACAUUGCCCGAAAAAGUUUCGCAAACUUGUUGCGAAAUCGGAGGACGGCAUCGGGCGAGGCACCACGGUCUUCAGCUCAGAGCCUCUUGCGGCCGUCGCCACAGACUUGGCCUGUUGCAGCUACUGUUUUCGUUUUCCAGAUGAAGAAGUGCAGCUCCAAAGAUGUGCGAGGUGCAAGGGAGCCCUCUACUGCGGGGCGGAGUGUCAGCGACAGGACUGGACGGCGGGACACAAGAAGGUGUGCAAGUGGAUGACCUCUGGCGACGGCGACUUGCGGCGAGAUGUGGAGAUGCUAGUCAAGGUCACCACAGCGUUGACCGACGGCGAUGCAGCGAAAGCGAUCAACAUAGAGGCCUUUGCGACGCUAGUGGGGCAUCCGGAGGUCGUGGAUGAACGUCACCGUCAGGCUGUCAUCACAGCCACGAGAGCUCGGGACCGAAAGAUUGCUUUUUCCGACGGUGAACUAGCCUUGUUCCUCCAUCGCUUCCAUUGCAACAACGCUUCCAUCGCGGACACCGAGCUGUUCCCCAUCGGCGAAGGAACCUACCCAUUAGGUUCCCUUCUCAAUCACUCCUGCAACCCAAACUGCACUGUAGUCUUCAGGGGACGCACCCAGGUCAUUCGGGCCAUCCGUGACAUCGAAGCUGGCGAGGAACUGACCAUCACGUAUGUGGAUGCAAUGCUGAAACCUGACGACCGCCGUAUAGCUCUUAUGGAAAAAUAUAGAUUUACUUGCGUUUGCGACAGGUGU